AUGCCAGCCGCAGCAUUCGCUCCCACAAAGAGACCGAUCUCUAGGAUCAACAGCAUGAAGCGCGACUGGGAAGAAGAGGAGGAACAGGCGGUACCAUGGUCGCAGAGUCCACCACGAGUUGGCCGAAAAGGCGCCCUCCCCACCCGCGAACCCUCCCCUCCACCCAUGCAAGACCCCCUCGAGACCGCCGCGGACCGAAGAAGAAAGGCCAUCCUGGCCGCCAUGUCGGGCGACCAGAACUCUGCGCCGCCGACCAAGUCGGCCAGUGCGCCGGCCAGACCCGUCGCUGGCUCGUCUAAUUCGUCUCGCUCGACAACGGGGUCGUCCACUACGGCUGUAGGGACGAGCAGUAGUGCCCGAGCGCCGCUGCGGGAGGUGCAGGAGUUGCCAAGUUUGACGGCUGCGUGGGGGGGGGACAAGAAGCGGUCGAUGCCGUGGGAGGGAGACCAACCAAACAAGAAGCCCGUCCGGACCACAUCGAGCAAGAGCAACAAGUCAGACGCGAGCACGGGGGCGAUGAAUAUCGUACAAAAGAUAUCGCUCAGUCUGGAGCAGCAGAAGGUGUUGACGUUGGUGGUACAAGAGGGCAAGAACAUCUUCUUCACGGGUUCAGCAGGAACCGGCAAAUCCGUCCUUCUCCGUGAGAUCAUCAAGAAUCUUCGACAAAAGCACGUCAAAGCGCCCGAUGCUGUCGCCGUUACCGCCUCGACAGGUAUCGCCGCGUGCAACAUCGGCGGUGUCACACUGCACUCGUUUGGCGGGGCGGGGCUGUGUCUUGAGCCGGUGGACGUGCUGGUGUCCAAGAUCAAGAAGAAUAAGAAGGCAGCGGCGAGGUGGUUGCGGACAAAGGUGUUGAUCAUCGACGAGUUGUCAAUGGUGGACGGCGAACUCUUCGACAAGUUUUGCAAGAUCGGCCAAAAGAUGCGCAAGAACGAGAAACCCUUCGGCGGGAUCCAGGUCAUUGUCACUGGCGAUUUCUUCCAGCUUCCACCGGUCACCAAGGGCGGCAAGUCACCAAAAUUCUGCUUUGACGCGGCGACAUGGAAGGAGACGAUCAGCAUGGAGGUGAAUCUUACAAAGGUGUUCAGGCAGAAGGAUCAGACCUUUGUCAACAUGCUGAACGAGAUGCGAUUCGGUCGUAUGUCUCAGGACACCAUCGCGCGGUUUAAGGCACUCAACCGCCCGCUCAAAUUCGACGACGAUAUUCAGCCAACGGAGCUCUUCCCGCGCCGCGAGGACGUCGAGCGGUCCAAUACAUUCCGGCUCAACGCGCUCGAUGCUGAGACCCAAACUUACACCGCCAGCGACACAGGGGCAGUCACCGACCCGGUACAGCGUGAGAAGAUGCUCGCCAAUUUCAUGGCGCUUCAACAACUCGAGCUAAGGGUCGGCGCCCAGGUCAUGCUCAUCAAGAACGUCGAUGAGCAGCUCGUCAACGGGUCGAUCGGCAAAGUCAUGGGCUUCGUUCACAAGGCGCUCUUCACGACCGACUUGCAGGGGCGGUGGAUGCCCGAGGGAGAUUUGGCGGAUUUGGAGGAGAAUGAGAGGGAGAAGCGAGAGCGGUUACGCGAGAUGCUUUUGGCCAGGGCGUCAAGCUCGAUGAAAGUACUACCUGUGGUGGAAUUCAGGGUACCGGGCGGGACAAGGCACAUGUUGGUGGAGCACGAUACGUUUAAAAAUGAGCUGCCGAAUGGGGAAGUGCAGGUGCAAAGGUCUCAGCUACCUCUCAUCCUUUCCUGGGCGAUGUCGAUACAUAAAAGCCAAUCAGCGUUAGAACGAGUCAAGGUCGACCUCGGCAAGGUGUUCGAGAAGGGCCAAGCGUACGUUGCGCUGUCGCGAGCAACGUCCCUCGAGGGGCUGCAGGUCAUGGGUUUCAGUGGCGAUAAGGUGCAGGCGCACCCGAGGGUGGAAAUAUGGUCUCGUAACCUCAGAGACCUCAAUACUGUCUGA